GCAUUGCGCAUGUGUAAUUUUCUCGUCUCCAGGAGCAUCGCUCCAGGAGGACGCUGCUGCGCAUGCGGUUGGGAAUAAAUGGGCGGGGAAUUUCCCCGGAAGUCUCCCUUUAUGGAGGAUUGGGGUUGGGCGCUCCGCAGUCCUCCCAGGGCCGCUCUGACCGACCGCUCUGCAACUUCUCGCCUCCUCUCCGCCGUGCCUCCCACUGCGGCUCCUCGGCUCUCGGCCCCUCGCCCUCCCACAGCGGGUCUUCCCGCGGCCGCUCUGGCCCAAGCGUCCCCUCGUCUCUCUGAUUUGGCCCAUCCGGCUUGGGAGGGAGGCGCGGGUGGGUGAGCAAGGGGAGUGCGUCAAUGGGGUCCAGGCCCGAGCCCCUGAAGACGGACUCCGCCCCCGGCACCCGCUCGCGCCCCGCCCCCGGCUGGAGGAGUCUCUCCUGGACCAUCGGAUCCUGGUCUGUCCCGGCCCGCAGCCUCUAUGGAGGCUUCUGCCGGGCCGUAGAGCCUUUCGCCCCCUGGGGACUCACCCGUAUAUAAGGUCCGUUUGGCCUGCAGCAGCCCGAGUCUGUAAUACUGGACACUGUUUAUGGGGUUGGCCCCCUAUGGGGUCCCGUGUCUAUAGGGGACCCCCAAGGUCCUUAGGGGUCGUCCCCGUCCAUAGUGACUCCAUAUACAGGGCCCCCAUCGCUCUAUAGGGCCCAGCCCUCGGCUUCCAGAGCCUGUCAGCAGUGGCCGUUCCCUUCGCCGGGACUGCGUCUCCAGGACCUCCUCGGUCUACAAGGCCAUGUUAUGCCUAUAGAGGUCGCAUUGCAGGGCCUCACGCCGGGUAGAGGGUCCUCUCCAGGUUUUUACGGCCCGUUCCCGCUCUAAGGGUCAGUACAGGAGGCGGCGAUGGCCCUGGGCAAGGCUCUGGCCACGGCACUGGCUUUGGCCUUGGCCGUGUUGGGGUCGCUGUCCCCUGGGGCCCAGGCGGGGGACUGCAAGGGGCAGCGGCAGGUGUUGCGGGAGGCGCCAGGCUUCGUGACGGAUGGUGCUGGCAACUACAGCGUCAAUGGCAACUGCGAGUGGCUCAUCGAGGCCCCAAGCCCCCAGCACCAGAUCCUGCUGGACUUCCUUUUCCUGGACACAGAGUGCACGUAUGACUACCUGUUUGUGUAUGACGGUGACUCCCCGCGAGGGCCGCUGCUUGCCAGUCUGAGUGGGAGCACCCGGCCUCCGCCCAUCGAAGCUUCCUCAGGCAAGAUGCUGCUGCACCUCUUCAGUGAUGCCAACUACAACCUACUGGGCUUUAACGCCUCAUUCCGCUUCUCCCUGUGCCCGGGUGGCUGCCGGAGCCACGGGCAGUGCCAGCCGCCGGGUGUGUGUGCCUGUGAGCCGGGCUGGGGGGGUCCUGACUGUGGCGUGCAGGAGUGCUCAGCCUACUGUGGCAGCCAUGGCACCUGCGCCUCGCCCCUGGGACCAUGCCGCUGUGAGCCUGGCUUCUUGGGACGUGCCUGUGACCUGCACCUGUGGGAGAACCAGGGGGCUGGCUGGUGGCACAACGUGAGUGCUGGGGACCCUGCCUUCUCUGCCCGUAUUGGAGCAGCUGGCGCCUUCCUGUCCCCACCGGGGCUGCUGGCAGUUUUUGGAGGCCAGGACCUCAACAAUGCCCUGGGUGACCUCGUCCUAUACAACUUCUCCGCCAACACCUGGGAAUCCUGGGACCUGAGUCCUGCCCCGGCUGCCCGUCACUCCCAUGUGGCCGUGGCCUGGGCCGGCUCCCUGGUGCUGAUGGGUGGUGAGCUGGCAGACGGCUCGCUCAUCAACGAUGUGUGGGCCUUCAGUCCACUGGGCAGGGGCCACUGGGAGCUCCUGGCACCACCUGCCUCCAGCUCCUCGGGGCCCCCAGGCCUGGCAGGUCAUGCGGCUGCCCUGGUGGAUGAUGUCUGGCUAUAUGUGUCUGGAGGCCGUACCCAGCACGACCUCUUCUCCUCUGGCCUCUUCCGUUUCCGCCUUGACAGCACCAGCGGGGGCUAUUGGGAGCAGGUGAUUCCAGCAGGUGGACGGCCCCCUGCUGCCACCGGCCACUCCAUGGUGUUCCAUGCCCCGUCCCGUGCCCUGCUGGUCCAUGGUGGACACCGGCCCUCCACUGCCCGGUUCUCUGUGCGAGUGAACUCCACUGAGCUUUUCCAUGUGGAUCGGCGUGUGUGGACGACGCUGAAGGGGCGGGAUGGGCUUCAGGGCCCAAGGGAGAGAGCCUUCCACACAGCCAGUGUUCUGGGCAACUACAUGGUGGUCUAUGGGGGCAAUGUGCACACUCAUUACCAGGAGGAAAAGUGCUACGAAGAUGGCAUCUUCUUCUACCACCUUGGUUGCCAUCAAUGGGUGUCAGGAGCUGAGCUUGCCCCGCCAGGAACCCCUGAGGGCCGAGCAGCGCCUCCCAGUGGUCGGUACUCACAUGUGGCUGCGGUGCUUGGUGGCAGCGUCCUGUUGGUGGCUGGGGGGUACAGCGGCCGGCCCCGUGGGGACUUGAUGGCGUACAAGGUGCCCCCCUUUGUGUUCCAGGCACCUGCCCCUGACUACCACUUGGACUACUGCUCCAUGUACACAGAUCACAGCGUGUGCUCCCGGGACCCGGAAUGCAGUUGGUGCCAAGGAGCCUGCCAAGCUGCACCCCCUCCUGGGACCCCCUUGGGGGCUUGUCCAGCCGCCAGCUGCCUGGGCCUGGGCCGCCUCCUGGGUGACUGCCAGGCCUGCCUGGCCUUCAGUAGCCCCACAGCCCCUCCACGGGGACCCGGCACCCUGGGCUGGUGUGUGCACAAUGAGAGCUGCCUCCCUCGGCCUGAGCAGGCCCGCUGCCGAGGGGAGCAGAUCUCAGGCACGGUGGGCUGGUGGGGGCCUGCGCCUGUUUUCGUCACGUCCCUGGAGGCCUGUGUCACCCAGAGCUUCCUGCCUGGCCUACACCUGCUCACCUUCCAGCAGCCGCCCAACACCUCCCAGCCUGACAAGGUGUCGAUUGUCCGCAGCACGACCAUCACCCUGACACCCAGCGCAGAAACAGAUGUGUCCCUGGUCUACCGUGGCUUCAUCUACCCAAUGCUGCCUGGAGGGCCGGGUGGGCCAGGGUCUGAGGACGUGGCUGUGUGGGCCCGGGCCCAGCGCCUACACGUUCUGGCCCGGAUGGCCCGUGGCCCUGACACAGAGAACAUGGAGGAGGUGGGGCGCUGGGUGGCUCAUCAGGAGAAGGAGACGCGGCAGCUGCAGCGCCCUGGGUCUGCUCGCCUCUUCCCCCUGCCCGGGCGGGACCACAAGUAUGCAGUAGAGAUCCGGGGCCAGCUGAACGGCUCGGCAGGCCCUGGGCACAGCGAGCUCACUCUGCUGUGGGAUCGGACUGGUGUGCCAGGAGGCAGUGAGAUCUCCUUCUUCUUCCUGGAGCCUUACCGCUCGUCGGCCUGCACCUCCUAUUCUUCCUGCCUGGGCUGCUUGGCAGACCAGGGCUGUGGCUGGUGCCUGACCAGUGCCAGCUGCCACCUGCGCCAGGGUGGAGCCCAUUGCAGGGAUGACAGGGCUGGUGGGUCCCUGCUGGUGCUGGUGCCUACCCUCUGCCCACUCUGCGAGGAGCAUCGGGAUUGCCAUGCCUGCACCCAGGACCCCUUCUGUGAGUGGCAUCAGAGCACCAGCCGCAAAGGAGACGCGGCUUGCAGCCGGCGGGGCCGGGGUCGGGGUGCCAUAAAGAGUCCAGACGAGUGUCCCCCACUCUGCAACCAGCGACUGACCUGUGAGGACUGCCUGGCCAACUCGAGCCAGUGCGCCUGGUGCCAGUCCACCCACACCUGCUUCCUGUUUGCCGCCUACCUGGCCCGGUACCCACACGGGGGCUGUCGAGGCUGGGAUGACAGUGUGCACUCGGAGCCACGGUGCCGGAGCUGCGAUGGGUUCCUGACCUGCCACGAGUGUCUGCAGAGCCACGAGUGUGGCUGGUGUGGCAAUGAGGACAACCCCACACUGGGACGGUGCCUACAGGGGGACUUCUCAGGGCCCCUCGGUGGGGGUAACUGCUCCCUGUGGGUGGGGGAGGGCCUGGGGCUUCCUGUGGCCCUCCCUGCCCGCUGGGCAUAUGCCCGCUGUCCUGACGUGGAUGAGUGUCGCCUGGGCCUGGCCCGGUGCCAUCCGCGGGCGACCUGCCUGAACACGCCCCUCAGCUACGAGUGUCACUGCCAGCGGGGCUACCAGGGUGAUGGCAUCUCACACUGCAACCGCACGUGCUUGGAGGACUGUGGCCAUGGUGUGUGCAGCGGCCCCCCGGACUUCACCUGCGUGUGCGACCUAGGCUGGACAUCAGACCUGCCCCUGCCCACACCCGCCCCGGGUCCCCCAGCACCCCGCUGCUCCCGGGAUUGUGGCUGCAGCUUCCACAGCCACUGCCGCAAGCGGGGCCCUGGCUUCUGCGACGAGUGCCAGGACUGGACAUGGGGAGAGCACUGCGAACGAUGCCGGCCCGGCAGCUUCGGCAACGCCACGGGCUCUAGGGGCUGCCGGCCCUGCCAGUGCAAUGGGCACGGGGACCCCCGCCGUGGCCACUGCGACAACCUCAGUGGGCUCUGCUUCUGCCAGGACCACACCGAGGGUGCCCACUGCCAGCUCUGCUCCCCAGGCUAUUAUGGGGAUCCCCGGGCCGGUGGUUCCUGCUUCCGGGAGUGUGGAGGUCGAGCCCUCCUCACCAAUGUGUCCUCAGUGGCACUGGGCUCACGCCGGGUCGGGGGGCUGCUGCCUCCAGGUGGCGGGGCUGCGAGAGCCGGGCCUGGCCUGUCCUAUUGUGUGUGGGUUGUCUCAGCCACUGAGGAACUACAGCCCUGUGCUCCCGGGACCCUCUGUCCCCCACUCACCCUCACCUUCUCCCCCGACAGCAGCACCCCCUGCACGCUGAGCUACGUCCUGGCCUUUGAUGGAUUCCCACGCUUCCUGGACACUGGUGUUGUCCAGUCGGACCGAAGCCUCAUAGCUGCCUUCUGCGGCCAGCGACGGGACAGACCCCUCACUGUUCAGGCCCUGUCUGGGCUGCUGGUGCUGCACUGGGAGGCCAAUGGCUCCUCAUCCUGGGGCUUCAAUGCUUCGGUGGGCUCCGCCCGCUGUGGGUCAGGGGGUCCUGGGAGCUGCCCAGUCCCCCAGGAAUGCGUGCCCCAGGACGGUGCUGCAGGUGCGGGGCUCUGCCGAUGUCCUCAAGGCUGGGCUGGCCCACACUGCCGGAUGGCUCUGUGUCCUGAGAACUGCAAUGCCCACACUGGGGCAGGAACUUGUAACCAGAGCCUGGGUGUGUGCAUCUGUGCCGAAGGCUUCGGGGGUCCUGACUGCGCCACCAAGUUGGAUGGUGGGCAGCUGGUCUGGGAGACCCUCAUGGACAGCCGCCUCUCAGCCGACACUGCCAGCCGCUUCCUGCACCGCCUGGGCCACACCAUGGUGGAGGGACCUGAUGCCACCUUGUGGAUGUUUGGGGGCCUGGGCCUGCCCCAGGGGCUGCUGGGAAACCUGUACAGGUACUCAGUGAGUGAGCGGCGGUGGACACAGAUGCUGGCGGGAGCUGAGGAUGGGGGCCCAGGCCCAUCGCCCCGCUCCUUCCAUGCAGCUGCAUAUGUGCCUGCUGGCCGUGGUGCCAUGUAUCUGCUGGGGGGACUCACCGCUGGGGGUGUCACCCGUGAUUUCUGGGUCCUCAACCUCACCACCCUGCAAUGGCGGCAGGAGAAGGCCCCCCAGACCGUGGAGCUGCCAGCCGUUGCUGGUCACACCCUUACUGCCCGCCGAGGCCUAUCUCUGCUCCUGGUGGGCGGUUAUUCCCCGGAAAAUGGCUUCAACCAGCAGCUGCUUGAGUACCAGCUGGCGACCGGCACCUGGGUGUCAGGAGCCCAGAGCGGGACACCCCCCACAGGUCUCUACGGUCACUCCGCCGUCUACCAUGAGGCCACCGACUCCCUCUAUGUGUUUGGGGGGUUCCGAUUCCAUGUGGAGCUGGCAGCCCCAUCCCCCGAGCUCUACUCCCUGCACUGUCCUGACCGCACCUGGAGCCUGCUGGCCCCUUCUCAGGGGGCAAAGCCCCGUCCCCGGCUUUUCCAUGCCUCAGCCCUGUUAGGGGACACCAUGGUGGUUCUUGGGGGGCGCUCGGACCCUGACGAGUUCAGCAGCGACGUUCUGCUCUACCAAGUCAACUGCAAUGCCUGGCUUCUGCCCGACCUCACCCGCCCAGCCUCUGUGGGACCCCCAGUGGAGGAGUCUGUGGCCCAUGCUGUGGCAGCAGUCGGGGGCCGCCUGUACAUCUCCGGGGGUUUCGGGGGAGUGGCCCUGGGCCGCCUGCUGGCACUGACCCUGCCCCCUGACCCCUGCCGCCUGCUGUCCUCACCCGAAGCUUGUAACCAGUCUGGGGCCUGCACCUGGUGCCAUGGGGCCUGCUUGUCCGGGGAUCAGGCCCACAGACUGGGCUGUGGGGGCUCCCCCUGCUCCCCAAUGCCUCGCUCCCCGGAGGAAUGUCGACGUCUCCGGACCUGCAGUGAGUGCCUGGCCCGCCAUCCUCGGACCCUGCAACCUGGAGAUGGAGAGGCAUCCGCUCCCCGCUGUAAGUGGUGUACCAACUGCCCCGAGGGUGCUUGCAUUGGACGCAAUGGGUCCUGCACCUCUGAGAAUGACUGUCGGAUCAACCAGCGAGAGGUCUUCUGGGCAGGGAACUGCUCCGAGGCUGCGUGCGGGGCUGCCGACUGCGAGCAGUGCACGCGGGAGGGCAAAUGCAUGUGGACACGGCAGUUCAAGAGGACGGGGGAGACCCGCCGCAUCCUGUCCGUGCAGCCCACCUAUGACUGGACCUGUUUCAGCCACUCUCUGCUGAAUGUGUCCCCCAUGCCGGUGGAAUCAUCACCCCCACUGCCCUGCCCCACCCCUUGUCACCUCCUACCCAACUGCACCUCCUGCCUGGACUCUAAGGGAGCGGAUGGGGGCUGGCAGCACUGUGUCUGGAGCAGCAGCCUGCAGCAGUGUCUGAGCCCUUCCUACCUGCCACUGCGAUGUAUGGCCGGAGGCUGUGGGCGGCUGCUCCGGGGACCUGAGAGCUGCUCCCUGGGCUGUGCUCAGGCAACCCAGUGUGCCUCGUGCCUGCGGCGCCCCCAUUGUGGCUGGUGUGCCUGGGGGGGGCAGGAUGGAGGCGGCCGCUGCAUGGAGGGUGGACUCAGCGGCCCCCGUGAUGGGCUGACGUGUGGGCGUCCGGGGGCCUCCUGGGCCUUCCUGUCUUGCCCCCCCGAGGACGAGUGUGCAAACGGGCACCACGACUGCAACGAGACGCAGAAUUGCCACGACCAGCCCCAUGGCUAUGAGUGCAGCUGCAAGACAGGCUACACCAUGGACAACGUGACAGGGCUGUGCCGCCCUGUGUGCGCCCAGGGCUGCGUGAACGGCUCAUGCGUGGAGCCCGACCACUGCCGCUGCCACUUUGGCUUUGUGGGCCGCAACUGCUCCACAGAAUGCCGCUGCAACCGCCACAGUGAAUGUGCUGGUGUUGGGGCGCGCGACCACUGCCUGCUCUGCCGCAACCACACCAAGGGCAGCCACUGUGAGCAGUGCCUCCCGCUGUUUGUGGGUUCAGCUGUUGGGGGCGGGACCUGCCGGCCUUGCCACACCUUCUGUCGUGGAAAUAGCCACGUCUGCAUCUCCAAGAAGGAGUUCGAAAUGGCCAAGGGAGAGCCACAGAAGUACUCACUGGACCCAGAGGAGAUUGAAAACUGGGUGACAGAGGGUCCUAGUGAAGACGAGGCCAUGUGUGUGAACUGCCAGAAUAACAGCUAUGGGGAGAAAUGCGAGAGCUGCCUGCAGGGCUACUUCCUCCUGGACGGGAAGUGCACUAAAUGCCAGUGUAACGGCCACGCGGACACAUGUAACGAGCAGGAUGGGACGGGCUGUCCGUGUCAGAACAACACAGAGACAGGCACAUGCCAGGGCAGCUCCCCCAGUGACCGUCGAGACUGCUACAAGUUCCAGUGUGCUAAGUGCCGAGAAUCAUUCCAUGGGAACCCGCUGGGCGGCCAGCAGUGCUACCGCCUCAUCUCAGUGGAGCAGGAGUGCUGCCUGGACCCCACGUCGCAGACCAACUGCUUCCAUGAGCCCAAGCGCCGGGCAUUAGGCCCUGGCCGCACUGUCCUCUUUGGUGUGCAGCCCAAAUUCACCAACGUGGACAUCCGCCUGACGCUGGACGUGACCUUUGGGGCCGUGGACCUCUAUGUCUCCACCUCUUUUGACACCUUCGUGGUCCGUGUGGCCCCUGACACUGGCGUCCAUACAGUACACAUCCAGGCAUCCCAACCCCCACCACCUCCGCCACCCCUUGCAGAUGGUGGGCCCCGGGGGGCCGGGGAUCCAGGAGGAGCAGGAGCCAGCAGUGGACCGGGCGCCCCAGCAGAGCCACGGGUACGGGAGGUGUGGCCGCAGGGCCUGAUUACCUACGUGACAGUGACGGAGCCGUCGGCAGUGCUGGUGGUCCACAGUGUGCGGGACCGGCUGGUCAUCACCUACCCGCACGAGCACCAUGCCCUCAAGUCGAGCCGCUUCUACCUGCUGCUGCUGGGUGUGGGAGACCCAAGUGGGCCCGGCACCAACGGCUCAGCCGACUCGCAGGGUCUGCUCUUCUUCCGGCAGGACCAGGCCCACAUCGACCUGUUUGUCUUCUUCUCCGUCUUCUUCUCCUGCUUCUUCCUCUUCCUCUCACUCUGUGUGCUCCUCUGGAAGGCCAAACAGGCUCUGGAUCAGCGGCAGGAGCAACGCCGGCACUUGCAGGAGAUGACCAAGAUGGCCAGCCGCCCCUUCGCCAAGGUCACUGUCUGCUUCCCACCUGACCCUACUGCCCUGGCCCCCGCCUGGAAGCCAGCUGGGCUCCCACCACCCGCCUUCCGCCGCUCUGAGCCUUUCCUGGCACCCCUGCUGCUGACAGGGGCCGGUGGUCCCUGGGGACCCAUGGGAGGGGGCUGCUGCCCGCCAGCCAUCCCUGCCACCACUGCUGGGCUGCGAGCUGGGCCCAUCACCCUCGAGCCCACAGAAGAUGGCAUGGCCGGCGUGGCCACCCUGCUGCUCCAGCUGCCUGGCGGGCCCCAUGCACCCAACGGUGCCUGCCUGGGGUCAGCCCUCGUCACACUGCGGCACAGGCUGCAUGAGUACUGUGGGGGUGGCGGGGUUGCUGGGGGCAGUGGGCAUGGGGCUGGUGUGGGCCGGAAGGGACUGUUGAGCCAGGACAACCUCACCAGCAUGUCCCUCUGACAUGCCAAGGGUCCUCAUCCACAGCAGCUGGGUCACCCAGUGGGGCCACCCUGGACUUGGGGGCCCUUCACCUGGGGGCCCCUGGACACUGUCUCCUUGGAGACCACUGGCUCCCUUCCCUCAGGGGUGCCCCGACGGGGCCUCCUUUGUUCUGCAUUCAGCAGCUAUUUAUUGAGUACCUACUCUGUCAGGCACUGUCAUAGGCAUGGGGCAAAGCAGGAAUGGAGAGACGAGGUUCCCUGAUCUCAUGGUACUUAGGUUCUAGUGAAGGGAGACAAUCAGUUCACACGCACACACCCCACAUGCACACACACAUGAACACUUGCACAUGUGCACACACGAGUAACAUGGUUUCAGAGAGGGAGAAGUGCCGUGAGGCCUCCAGAGGACGUGGCAGUGAGGGACGACGGGGUGAAGUCGGCUGGACAUUCAGAGAAGCUAGACUGAGAAUGCCUGAGAAGAACCAGCCACGGGAAGAGCUUCGGGAAGUGAAGGCAGAGGCCCUGGGGUGGGAGCAGGCUUGUUUUAUUGGAAGGACUGGAAAACUGGCAAGUGUGACCCAGAUCAAGUGUGAGGAGAUGAGACUGGGGACAGGCAGGGGCUGGAUCACCCAGGGCCUUGUGGACCCCACACAGGGUUUUGGGUUUUAUUCUCAGGGCAACGGGAAGCUGUUGGAUGGUUUGAUGAAGGGGAGUGACAGGAUCCGAUGUACCUAUUUCAGAAUUUAAGAGGGCUGGGUGCGGUGGCUCAUGCCUAUAAUCCCAGCACUUUGGGAGCCAGGGCGGGCUGAUCACAAGGUCAGGAGUUCGAGACCAGCCUGGUCAAUAUGGUGAAACCCCGUGUCUACUAAAAAUACAAAAAUUAGCCGGGCGUGGUGGCGCACACCUGUAGUCCCAGCUACUUGGGAGGCUGAGGCAGGAGAAUUGCUUGAACCCGGGAGGCAGAGGUUGCAGUGCACUCAUAUUGCGCCACUGUACUCCAACCUCGGCGACAGAGUGAGACUCCAUCUCAAAAAAUUUAAGAGGUCACUUAGUUGUGCUGUGGAGAAUGGACUGGAGGGACAAGAGGGGCAGCAGGGAUGGUGGACUGGAAUAGGGUGGUGGCAAUGAGUGAGUCCCGCUCAGAUGCGGGAUGUGUGUGGAAGAAUAUAAUGAUGGUGUGGACGUCAGGGUGAGGGAGGAGACAAAUCCACGAUGACCCCUAGCUUUGUGGCCUGAACUGUGGAUGGCUGAGGGGGUCGUUAAUUGAAUGGGGGAGAGUGGGGCUUGUGAGGAAGAUCAGAGUCUGGUUCUUGACAUGAGAUGCCCUUCAGACAUCUCUUCACUCAGGUCCAACUAGGGAUACAGAAACACUGAAUAUUUCAACAGCAGAAAUUGAGUAGGGGGAUUGGUAGUGCUGGCGAGGGAAGUGGCUGGGAAGAGACAGAUGGCAUCAUGAGACAGCCUAGAGGUGAGCAGGAUCCCCAGGCUGCAGGGACAAAGCUCAGCAGUGGUGUUACCUCACCGGGACCAGGGUCACGCAGCGAAUGCUGGAACAACAGAGGCAUGUUCAGGGGGAGCCUCAGAGGGGACAAAACCUCUGCCUGAGAUCCCACCCCAGGUGGGCAUGGGGGACACUGAGGUUGGGGAUGAAAAUGCUGGUACUGUCACUGCACAGCCCUGUUCCAGACAGUGCUAUCUGGAAGAUUUCUGGGCUCUCCCGCGGGGCCACGCCACACCUGAGCCACCUCCUUGGACUCCUGUUCUCUACCCCUUGAGGACCUCCCUCCCUUUGACCCUAGCUGUCUUCUUGAACUUGGGACUCUCCUUUCCCAAGACUUCCAUCACUAGCUCCUGGAGAAACUGGACUCUGCAUCUUCCCUUCACGUGGAGCCUCAGUGUGAGAGGCCCUGCCAAUGCAUGCAUGUCAGAGGUGGCUGGGACCACAUCGGAAGAAGAGGGGAGCGACGAAAUUAACAAAUAAAAAGUAUGGGCAAGACCCAGGUGUCUGAGUGCAUCUGCACAUGUCUCAGGAGGGCUGGCUCUCAACUCUGAUGCAGCCCCGAACACUGAAUAACUUGGAUAAUUGCCCUUAUGAUGGUACCACUUCCAAGCUGGGAUGGCUUUGUUCCUGACUGCCCCUCCUAAAGGCGGAAGGGGGAAGGGUCUGCCACAACAGAAGCAUAAUAAAUAACAAUAAACAGC